UUAACUACUCCUACUAUGAUUUCCAAUAUUUCCAUUCAUAAUCAUUUCCUAUUCUUAUUAUUUUACUCGGGGUAUAUUUUUCUUCAUGUUCUUGAAAAGUAAGAGUGAAAGACCCAAGAACUCAGUAGACUUUUUGCAGUCUCUAUUCUCACAUUAAAUUUCCUCUCUUUCUCUCUCUAGAUUUCCGAGCCGCCGACUUGCUCACCGGUCCACUUCUCAUUUCCGGUCCGGUACUUAUCUCCAUCAUCUUUCCUUUUAAGCAACCCCAUUUGCGUAAAGUUUGCGACUUUCGCCGGUGAUUUUGGCAUCUGGGUUUUGUUCGUUUACUUUGUUUUGAGCUAAUUCUAAAUCAUGGGUAUUUGCUAAUUUAGCUUGGUUUGAUCAGAACUGGUAGUUGGGUAUAAAAAAGAAAGGAAAAAAAGAGAGCAAAGAUUGACUGGUAGAUACGGCAAAAGGGAAGCAAAAUCAAGAACCGUGAAAAGUUUGAUAUCAAAAAGUUCUAUAGAUUUCCCUUUUUAGCUACCCCCCAAAAAACCCUAAGAAGUAAUUAAUCAUGCCGGCCGACCCAGAUAACUCAUCCGCCAUGAACGAUUCAACAGGCUCAGGUGAAGUAAGUGUUUCUUCUUCAGGUAAUCAAGUUCCUCCUCAGAAAGAAUCAGCUAAGAAAAAACGAAAUCUUCCUGGGAUGCCAGAUCCCGAUGCAGAGGUUAUUGCUUUGUCACCUAAAACUCUACUGGCGACGAACAGAUUUGUUUGUGAAAUUUGCAGUAAAGGGUUUCAAAGAGACCAGAAUUUGCAGCUGCAUAGAAGGGGUCAUAAUUUGCCAUGGAAGUUAAGGCAGAGAUCUGGGCAAGAGGUGAAGAAGAGAGUAUAUGUUUGCCCUGAAACCACUUGUGUUCACCACGAUCCUUCACGGGCAUUGGGCGAUUUGACCGGAAUUAAGAAACAUUUCUGCCGUAAACAUGGUGAGAAGAAGUGGAAAUGUGAUAAAUGUUCCAAGAAAUAUGCAGUUCAGUCUGAUUUAAAGGCUCAUUCUAAGAUUUGUGGUACUAGAGAGUAUAAAUGUGAUUGUGGCACUUUAUUUUCAAGGAGGGAUAGCUUUAUCACACAUAGGGCUUUUUGUGAUGUAUUAGCUCAAGAGAGUGCAAAAGCAGUACCAGAGAAACCUCCUAAUGUUACUAAUGAAGAACCUAAGACACAAGUUGCUGCUUCAUCAUCACCACCACCUACACCGUCGGCGCCUCCACCUGCCGCCGAGUCUCAACCACGACCAUCACCACCACCAUCUCUUCCUCCGCCGGCAGCUCCAAAGACUUUACCCCCUGCUGCUAUUCCUCCGUCAACUACCGUGAUAUCAUUUGUUUCCUCUGUUCAGAAUCCAGAGUUAAGGGAGAAUUCGAACCCAAAUUCUGCAGGAGCUGCUAACAAACAGUUUAUGGAGGAAACAGCAGCUUUAGUAAGCUUGACUGGAAGUUGUAGCAGCAGUAGUAGCUCUUGUAGUAAUGGAAGUACUAGCAGUAAUGUAUUUGGAAGCUUGUUUGCUUCAUCAACAGCUUCGGGAAGUUUGCCAUCUCAAGCUCCUGGAUUCACUGACUUGUUUCGAGCCGUGGCUCCUGACCGCGUACCUGAAAUGGCGCCACCUUCGUCUACGGAACCAAUAUCUCUCUGCCUAGCGAUGAAUCAUGGUUCGUCAAUAUUUAGACCAGCUGGACAAGACCGGAGACAAUAUGCUCCAGUACCACAACCGGCCAUGUCUGCAACAGCAUUACUGCAGAAGGCAGCUCAGAUGGGUGCAGCAGCAACCAGCUCAUCAUUGUUGAGGGGCCUUGGGGUUAUGUCCUCCUCAUUGCCUUCUAAUGGACAGCAAGAAUGGAGCGGGAGACCAAUUGAAACCAAUGGUGCGUCAUUGGCUGCAGGCCUUGGGCUUGGACUACCCUGUGAUGCCGGUUCUGGUUUAAAGGAAUUAAUGUUGGGAACUCCCUCUGUUUUUGGUCCCAAGCAUCCUACUCUUGACCUUCUUGGAUUGGGAAUGGCUGCUAGUGGCGGUCCAUCGCCUGGAUUGUCAGCUCUCCUAACAUCCAUGGGUAGUAAUCUAGACAUGGCGACUGCAGCAGGAUCUUUUGGUAGUGGAGAUUUCAGUGGGAAAGAUUUAGGAAGAAAUUCAUGAUAUUGACUUCAUUAAUGCUCAAUGGAAAAAUAUAACUAUACUUGGUCUAGUUGAGAAGGGUCAGGUUUAUACUGUACAGGACCAUGGAAUUUUAGUUGAUGGAGCAAAACAAAAUGGCAAGCCCAAGUAUAGUGCCCUCAGCCCCAAGAAUUGAGCAUAGACUGGCAGGAGGAAAGCUCUGAGGCAGUUGACACUUUUUAAGAUUGUUCUACUGCCUCCUUUGUGUAGGAAAAGAAAAAGGUCUUUUGUUGUUGUACAGUAGAAGCUGAUUGUCUAUCAUAAACUCCUUUGCUGUUUAUUACAAAUGUAGCUGUUAUGUGAUUAAAUAUAAGUAAUACUUUUAAGCAAGGUUACAUCAAAUCUGGUGGAAUUGUUAUCAAAUGUCUCAUUAAGGCA